AUGACGACCGCCCAAUCCUCUUCAAGCAAGCACAGCAUCUUGCUGAUCAACGGACCCAAUCUCAACUUGCUCGGCACAAGAGAGCCAGAAAAAUACGGCAGCGAGACACUCGAAGACAUCGAAGGCAAGGCCAGGCAGCAAUGCGACGGACUCGGGUACGACUUUGAAGGCUUCCAGUCGAACCACGAGGGUGCCAUCAUCGAUCGGAUUCACGCUGCGCGCACCGACGGCACCACGGCCAUCAUCAUCAACGCAGGAGCAUACACGCAUACGAGCGUCGCCAUUCGGGAUGCCCUUUCCGGCGUCAGGGUGCCGUUCAUCGAAGUUCAUAUCUCGAAUGUUCAUGCAAGGGAGUCCUUCCGACACCACUCGUACCUCUCGGACAUUGCCAACGGCGUCAUAGUCGGGUUGGGAACCUUUGGCUACACAGCUGCCAUCUGGUCGGUGGCGGACAAGCUCAAGCGAGGGGGCUUUUCAUAG